UAAAGUGCUAAAGUGCAUCUUCUGUUUUCCUGGAUCACGAAUUCAAUGUAACGGUAGAUUGCUUAUCUCCAAACUGCACUAUAAUCCGAGUUCCAAACACAAGGAAAAUGACUGCCACUGCUGUUGCUGUGCGUGUGUUAUGAAUGCGUUUCUAAAAUAGUAAUUCAUUAUAAUAACAGUAGCGCUUCUCAGUAGUUCCGUAUGUUCCCAACAGUUUACUAUGUCAUAUAAACAACACUAAAUUCUCCUUUGGGAGUGCUCAAUGACACGUGAAGGCGAUCUCAGUGCCGUCCGAGGAAGCUUGGGGAACAGACCAGCUAUGGACGUCCUGAGAGCCUUCACCACAUUGCUUCUCUGAGCUGCUUCUCCACCUCCAUUCAUUCUUCCCCUGUUCCCCUCCUUGGACACUCCCCCUGUGUUCAGUCAUCCCAAUCCCCCCCUGACCAAAGACGACAGGCAUGGCCGGUGAGAAGGGCCGGCGGGGUGUAAUGGAUGGCCGACGACUGGCGGGUCUCCUGCAGCGGGGAGGAACCCGCACCCUGGUCAUCGACAGUCGCACCUUUUCUGAAUACAACGCCUCGCACGUGCUCAACUCCAUCAACGUCUGCUGCUCCAAGCUGGUCAAGAGGCGGCUGCAGCAGGACAAGGUGACCAUCACCGAGCUCCUGCAGCCCAACGGCAAAGUCAAGGUGGACUUGGGGAGGAGGCAGGAGGUGGUGGUGUACGACCAGAGUACCCAGGACGCAGUGCUCUCCAAAGACAGCUUCCUCUACAUCCUGCUAGGCAAGCUGGAGAACCGCUUCCACCGGGUGUCCCUGCUCACAGGGGGUUUCGCAGCCUUCUCCUCCUGCUUCCCAGGCCUCUGCGAGGGAAAGCCAGCAGGCAUCCUGCCCAUGAGCCUCUCACAACCCUGCCUGCCGGUGGCCAACGUGGGUCCCACUCGCAUCCUUCCGCACCUCUACCUGGGCUCCCAGAAGGACGUUCUCAACAAGGACCUGAUGGCCCAGAAUGGGAUCACGUAUGUGCUGAAUGCCAGCAACACCUGCCCCAAGCCCGACUUCAUCUGCGAGAGCCACUUCCUGCGGGUCCCCGUCAACGACAGCUACUGUGAGAAGCUCCUGCCCUGGUUGGACAAGACCAACGACUUUAUUGACAAAGCCAAGGUGUCCAACUGCCGAGUCAUCGUCCACUGUCUCGCGGGGAUCUCCAGGUCAGCCACCAUCGCCAUUGCGUACAUCAUGAAGACGAUGGGCCUGUCGUCAGAUGAUGCUUACAGGUUUGUGAAAGACCGCAGACCAUCCAUUUCACCCAACUUCAACUUCCUGGGUCAGCUGCUUGAGUUUGAAAAGGGCUUGAAGUUGCUGAAGGCUCUUUCGUCAGGUCCUGGCAAGGCAUUAUCUGACAGUCUGGAGGAGGAGCGUGAGUCUAAGAAUGGGGAGGUAAAAUGCGCGUUCCCAGGCCCUGAGUCCGGACAUUUGGAGAAGAAGCUGGAGACCCCCGAGGUGGAGUCCAAGGUGGCCUCGCCCACAUCCCUGCAGCAGGGUUUCAAUGGGCUCCACCUGUCGGCGGAGCGCAUCCUGGACACGAAUCGCCUUAAGCGCUCCUUCUCUUUGGACAUCAAGUCCGUUUAUGCUCCCAGCUCCGGUCCCCAGCGUCCCCCCUCACUUGCCGUCACCCCUGUGGACUCCGAGGACGUCCCUAAGCUAUGCAAGCUGGACAGCCCUGGGACCACCAACGGUGUGUGCCAGUUCUCCCCGGUUGGGGAUAGCCCAGGUUCGGCCGAAUCGCCCGUGGGCAGUGAGUCGCGGCCCAGGCAGCGGCGGAGGGGGAAGGCCACCAGUGGAGGCUCGCCGGCCCGCACACUCAGCCUGGGCUUCAGCCGCGGCUCAGCUGCGCACAAGAGCCCCAGCUUGGACGAGAAUCUGAAGGCCUCUCUACUCCUCAGCCUGCCGGCUGCGGGCUCCAACGCAGCGUGGACCAAGCACAGAGAGCCAGCGCAGGCUACCACGCCUGACACGCCCACAGGUGACGGACCUUGGUUCUUCGGUGCAGACACCUCGGCCGGAGGCUCCGCUGCCAUGCGCUUUGGAGGAGCCCCGUACGUGGCGUUCGGCUGCGGUGGACUAGGGGCCGGUUGCGAGGCAGUGCGCCUGCGAGAGAAGCCCCCCGAGGCUCGGGAUGGGCGGGGCAGCUGGCAUGAGGAGGCCCCGCCCACCGGCCCUUCCUCUGCUGAGAAACAGUUCAAGCGGCGAAGCUGUCAGAUGGAGUUCGAGGAGGGCAUGGCUGAGACACGUUCCCGCGAGGAGCUUGGCAAGAUCGGCAAGCAGUCCAGCUUCUCUGGCAGCAUGGAGAUCAUCGAGGUAUCCUGACCAACAGGUCUACGCACUGGGGCUGCUCCUCCACCACAAAGCUGUGGACUUUUUGGGGAACUUUGGGGGACUGGGUGGUUAAUUUAUAAUACGAAUCUAUUUUUUGUCGGUUCGCAUUUGUGACUGAUUCUGCAAGGUAGACAUCCUGCAGAGCCCUCUGUCUGUACGUGCUCCUGGACCUUUUGCGGGUGGGGGGAGGAUUGCAGAUGACAUGCCUGCUGAAAUCCCUAGCACAAACACACCACAAGGGGGCAUACUGCUGCACGGGGAAGCUAAAGCCUCCAGUCUAACCUCGUCUUGCUGACGUCCGCGUCGGCGCUCAUUGAGGUAGAAAUGAAGGAUCGAGGGGGACAGUGCCUCCUAGUGGCACAUUUUUGCCGAUCGGCGUGUGAAGGAGUGGCCAGCUGAACUGUGCCAAGCGCCGCGGCGCCAUGUGCCUCCGCUGGAGGGGUGGUUAAGACACUCGACAGCCCCUCACCCUUCCCUACAGUGUUAACAGUAGUCGGUGACACGGCUGGGAGGUUUCGCCCCCUGUGACUCAGCCGGGCAGCACAACAAUGUUCCGUGAUCCUCUUAGCUGCAACUACCCAGGUGUACACUGAGCAUGCUCAGAGCAGCUGGUGACUGACGGAGGACAGAUAUAUACACACAGUACUAAGCAUAAAGAGUUUUAUUGCGGUUUUAAUGGGCAAUAUUUUCCUCAUGUUUUAUUUAUUGUAUCUGUUCAUUCUGGCAAUGAGAAAUUAUAGUGUUUGUGGACUUUUCUUUACAUUUUACUGUGUUGUAUUUAUGAAAAUCACACGUCCUCGCACACACAUAACCACACACACAUACAGAAAUUUCAAGCAAUACAAGGUUCUCUUUUUCCCUCCUUGUCAGUGAGGGAGACUGAGAUCUUAGGGAUUUGUUGGAAGAUGAACACAUUUUGUUCCAGUUCUGACAAGCGAAGAUGGUGGGGGGGCAGGAAUCACAGCAUGCUGAAGUUCCAAAGACGGCAUGACCCCCCCCCCCCCCCCUCGCGCGGUACUACUGGCAGCAGAAUCUCUGCAGUCAUCUGUUUUCUUGUUUUUUUUUCUUCAGAUUUUAACCCUAAAAUCCAGGGUCUUCUAGAAGGUUCUACAGAUCAUCUUGAAAGCCUGGUAAUCAGGUGAAAGAUGGUAACAUGCAGUUAAUCCAUUUGAGCAUUGUGUUUACAGAAAAUCACCAAUAGACGACGGAGAGAAUAUAAAAUUACUUUGUACUCCUUUGUUCUGCGUUGUAUUUAUGGAUAGUAUUUAUUUAAAAUAUGGCAGGAGAGAGUGAACAUUUUUGAGAAAGAGAGAAUGUUUUCAGAUGGCCCACAAACUGUGGCAGAUAUGUCUGCAGGGAUAAUCCCACCUGCACUCAUUUCUCUCCCACAAUCCAAAGUGAUUUAAUUUAGCUGAAGGUGGGUAGAUGAGCCAUACUGUAUUUCCUGGUCUGGACAUUCUAGUAUGACACCAAAACAAAGAAGCUACUGGCACCUGUGAUUCUAUGAGAUUUUCUCGCAGCCAAGCCCGCCCCUGGGCAUUCUGGGUAUUUUAACAUGAUAUUUCUCAAUGUGUCUCUCUUUCUCUCUCUGGUCUUCUCCCUCUGUCUUUAUUUCCUCUUUUCUCUCAGUCCAAAGGUAAAGACAUGAGGGAAGUACAAAAGUACAAAAGCAGAAGAUUUUUCUCUCCUUCCAGUGACUUCUUUCUUUAUUUUUUCGUUGUUUUGAUGGGGUUUCGGAUGAUACACUCUGAAUACUGACAUUAGACCUUCUCCUUGUGCUGCUGUACGUUCAGACCUGGUUAGACUGUUUUGUUUUUUCCAUGUGUGACACAUUUUUUCUUUCUUCUUUAUUUUUUAAAAUGAUUAUUAUUAUUAUUAUUAUUAUUAUUAUUAUUUAAAACGUACAUUAUGACAAGAUGCAGGCAGUCCUGGUUAUUACAUUUGUUAUCAUUGAUGUUUAUUAUGAUCUUGUUGUAAAUAGCAACAUAUCUACAAAUGGAUGAAUUUAGGAAACUUUCUAAGAGAAUAUUCACAUACCUUAGGCUGCUUGACGCAAAAAUACCUCAGGUUCUAUUGAAAGGCUUUUCUUUUCCUCCCGUUGUACCUGUUUUGUGAAAAUGAAACAAAAAUACAAACAGAAAAGACAAA